CGGAUGGUUGAGUUUGUCAACGCUGGGAAACGGUCGUACGUGUAUUACUGGUAGUUAAAAAUAUCUAGCCUGGACUCUUUUACCGAAACAUUUAUUAUGCUUAUAUUUGUCUAACUCUGUAUUUACCAGCUGUUCGUCACACAAUGUGGCUCCUGCUUACUGUAACGUUGUUUUUGGGGAUUCCCUCAGAGGCGAAGUCCAUCCCACUUGUCACAGUCCCCGAUUUCGGAAAGCACUAUUACGUGAAAGGAGUGAUUUCAUUGCCCUAUGCUGAGAUCAAGGAGCCGCUUGAAGCCUGGUUUGAUCUGGAGGGGAAGCAAAGCCGCAUUGACUAUUACGAUGGUCAGGUCUCCACGUUCCAGUUUGGGACCCCAAAACCAGCUGGGGUUAGCUACAAGAUUACACCUGUUACCACGGAGACAGAAUUCAAUACUGUGAAAUGCUUUCAAGUCAACGGGACACAGGAGGAUCCUGUCGAACCUCAAGGAGCACUUCCAGACGUGCAGGGUUUUGAGUUUGAGCGGAUGGAUAAGUAUGGGGGCGUUGAGUGUGAGGUGUGGCUGAACGUCACGGUGAAGGGCCAUAAGAAGAACACCUAUCGGCUGUGGGUGACACGCCCAGAGGGCGGGGCCUCUCCAGCAGUACCCCAUCACUAUGAGAUGAUGGGUUACAACACACUCCUGGGCUCCCACUAUGACAAAUACCUGAUCGAUUACAGUGACUUUUCCCCACGGGUCGACCCCAAAGCCUUCAACUUACCUGAUGGCAUGAGUUGCGGCCCGUUUCCUGGUCCGGGAGCAGAGCACCGGCUGUUGGCCAAUCCGAUCCAGGACCUGCUGCACACCUCACCUGUUGGCCACGCCCACCGCCUGUUUGGUCACUUCAAAGAGAAAUACGAGCGUCGCUACGACUCCGAGCGGGAGCAUGAGGAACGAGAACACACCUUUGUUCAUAAUAUCCGGUUUGUCCACUCGAUGAACAGAGCCGGUCUGUCGUUCUCUCUCUCUCUCAAUCACUUGGCCGACCGCUCGGAGCGAGAGCUGGCUGUGCUGAGGGGAAAACAGAGGGCGAAGACGCCCAAGACAAGAGCACAGCCAUUCCCCUCCGAACUCCGCUCCGUUCAGCUUCCUGACUCUCUGGACUGGAGACUUUAUGGGGCAGUGACUCCAGUGAAAGAUCAGGCAGUCUGUGGAUCAUGCUGGAGCUUCGCCACAACCGGAACCGUGGAAGGAGCACUCUUCUUAAAGACGGGGGAGCUGGUGAGCCUGUCCCAGCAGAUGCUGGUGGACUGUACGUGGGGUUAUGGGAAUAACGGCUGUGAUGGAGGAGAGGAGUGGAGAGCGUUUGAGUGGAUGAUGAAGCAUGGAGGCAUUGCUACUGCAGAGAGCUAUGGAGCUUAUCAGGGCAUGAACGGCUUUUGUCACUACAAUUCGUCCGCUAUGACGGCCCGUUUGAGCAGUUACACCAAUGUGACCAGUGGUGAUUUGGAGGCCCUGAAGGUGGCGCUGUUGAAACACGGCCCAGCCGCUGUUAGCAUCGAUGCCUCACACCGUUCCUUCACCUUCUACAGCAACGGAGUUUACUACGAACCCGCCUGCAAGAAUGGGACUGAUGACCUGGACCAUGCUGUGUUGGCAGUGGGUUAUGGGACACUGGACGGCAAACCUUAUUGGCUAGUGAAGAACUCAUGGUCCACUUACUGGGGCAAUGAUGGUUAUGUGCUCAUGUCUAUGAAGGACAACAACUGUGGAGUGGCCACUGACGCUACUUACGUUACCCUGGCCUAGUACUGUCACAUACAAGAGUUUACAUGCAUGCGCGCGCGUGCACACACACACACACACACACAUGCGUAAAAAGCUGUCAGGAUAAAGUUGGUGUGGUGUGAGAUUUUGACAGGUUAAUCAGAAAUACUAUUGUGUUUUGAUUUUGUUAGACAAGACAGGUUGUAUAAACUUUGCAAAAUGCCUUUAAAUUGAUUUCAACAGAUCCCCAAUCUGCUGUGGGAAUAUUAGAUGCCCAAUGUAACAUGCCCAAGGAGCACAUGUAAGAAGUCAUUACAGUAAGGAAGAUUUUUUUGACUUGAAGCCUUAAAAUUUUAAUUUUAAAAUCUUUUUCAUUUUAACCAGCGAACCUAGUUAUUGUCCCAUACAUACACGGUACACAACAUACAACACAAGAACUGUAGAAUACACAUACAUGCACGCACACACAACUCAUUCUCUCUACGUGAGAAACAACACUCAAGUUAACAGAAUUGUUUGUUUUUGUUUUUAUUGCAAGUCACUGUGGUUAGGGACAUAAGACAGCAGUUUGGGUUUAUGUUCCCAUGGAUACAUGUCAAUAAAUUACAUGUUUUUUUCUUACCAAAAA